AUGGGCAACGUAGUCAGCCACGUCAUGCGCCACCACCGCGGCAGCACUCUCGCGCGCCGCGAAAUCGAAGACGUCCUCAAUCGUCUCUCCGUGCUCGCCGAAGUCAAAGCUCGCAACCACCACUCACGAGUCACUUCGCACCCGAUUGAUGCGGAAAUUUUGCCGAUUGAAAAAGUCGUGCGCAAGGUCCAUUUGGCGCAUUGUGGGGUUUCGAGUGGGAAUGUCAAAGCUGUGCAGGAUGCGAUUGAGGAGCAUUUUGGGUAUUAUAUGGUUGGGGAUGUUGUCGAAGGAUUAUCCGCCGUCCUCACCGAAACCAUCGACCAUCUCAUGAACACACUCUCCUCCAAAAACAGCAGUGAAUUCACCAGCUACGCCAUCACCAUCGGCAACACGGGCAGCAUCGGGCGCAUCGACAUAUACAUGUUUUACUACAAAUUCGCCAGUCCGCACGUCGCGCGCAUGCUGAGUAAUUGUCUCAUUACUUCCUUGGUGGUGUCCAUGGUCGAGCCGUCGAAAUUGCGUCUGGAUGAUGUGAGGGCUUUGGCGAAAGCGCCGUAUUCUUCUCCGCUGCCGGGUGAGAGUGAGAGGGAGGCGGAUGAGAGGUUGGAGAGGAUUGAGAAUUUGUUGGUGCAGGUUACGCAGACGGCUUUGGGGAAGGCUUUGCAGAGGUCGGCUUCGGCUUGA